AUGGCAGACGACAACAUUGAGAAUCUAACAGAAGAUAUCAUCAAUGCAUCAAAACUUCCCGCCAAAGCUCGCGCCAUCAACAUCAAGUCUACAGUCGCAUCGUUCUCCUCCCUAGCGUAUGAUGAGGGCAUCGUGUCGACGGUCCUCGACCGGCUUAUCGACCUGGUUACCACACCCAACUAUCUUGACCAGGCCAGCUUAGGCGCCGUUAUCCGGAACUUGUAUCCUGCUGAGAGAGUGUCCGCUGAUGUCGUGUUGCGCGUGGUGUCGGCGCUGGGACAUGGAACGCUCAAAGCCUCGCUUACCUUGCAAGCUGGGCUGCUGAAGUGGUUGGUCAUGGUAUAUCAUGUGCUGGAGACGCCAGCGGUAUUGGCUCAGGCGUACUCCGUUUUGUUCAAUUUGCUUGAUACGGCUGCUAUUCGACCACAGUUGGCGCAUCUGUUGGCCUUGAUCACGAGGAGAAAGCAUGUGCGGCCGUUCAGGAUUCAAGCAUUGUUGAAUCUGUCGCGACAAACGGGGAAUGAUCCGCCGUUGGUGGGACUGCUGAGGGUGUUUAAGGAUUAUUAUCCUGAGAUUAUUGUUGGUGAAGCCGUUCGCGGCAAGGCUUCUGCUUUUAAGCAUCCGGAUCUAUUAUGGCGAUCUCGCCUGGCGGAAAUUCAAGACGCUCAUCGACAACGUGUUGCCGAGCGGAUGCCAACAGGACCGCAGAGCGGAUUCAGAGUUAAUAGACCUGUCAACAGGACACAGAGGAGCAAAGCUGUUCCUAUUGUAUUGACGUCUCACGCAACAGAGGAAUCGGUCACUCUGGAAGAAGUCGAAGAUGUAUCUGGCUUCGUGGCUAAGAUGGACAAACUCGAACUCCCCAACCAGCUGGUUGCUGUACUGGCCGACCCUCUAUUGCAAAAACUGCUCAUCCUGAGACCAAAUCCUGAAUCGUACCAGCGAAUAUCGAACUGGCUCAGCGCUGUAUUUCAAGAAGUCAUGGCUGGAGACGCGGACGAAGCAACCUUGUGGGAGGUGCUUGAGGUGGUGAGGGAGUUUGUUGUUCAGACCAAGACGAUUCCACCUCUGCUGCUAAGCUUCUUCAGUCGGUUUUUUGAGGUUUGGGGCGGCGAGGGCAAGAGGGAUGUUGUGUUUGACAUUCUUGGGUUUACACCCCUUUACGAUUUCGAGGAACUACACCGACUUAUAUUCAGGCCCCUCGAAGCAGCAGUGCAAUAUUUUGCACCCGCAUCUCAACAGGGACUCUUGGAAAUGUACACCAAUCUCCUGCGGCAUUGGACAGCAAUACUACAAGCAAGCGACACCAUACCCGAGCACGCCAGCACAACACUCGCCUCACUCGUCCUCCACACAAACACCCUUUCUCUAACACUCUUACAAACAAGCCCAUCCGUCACCACAGACUCCUCCAUCCUAGACUUCUACGAACAGACAACCCGCAUCAUCACCGACGCCAAACUCAAACGCUACAUCCGCAUCGAACUGCCCCCCUCCCCCCUAAUAUACACCUUCCUCUUCAACAACUCCCUCGCCACCGUCUCCCGAAUCUGCUACAUCCUCGCGUGCUACAAACGGGGCAUCGAAACCGCCGUCGCCACCCGGCCCCGUCCCGACACCCCCCGAAUCGACUCCCACACCUACGACAGAUCGUACGUCAACCUCUUCAACGGCUACAUCAUGGACAUAUGCAACCUCUUCUGGAGGAGCCGCGCGUUCAACGACACCGACACAAACGCUCAGGCGUGCACCUUAUCCGCCGGGACGAUCAACGCGCUCGCCGCGUACGCGGUAUCCGUGGACCGCGCCCUGCCGCUGACUUCUCUUUUUUCGCUGUCCCAUUCGCCUGUCCUUUGCUACCAGAGCAUAGAACGCGUACGGGACCUGGAGGACGACGCGAUGGAACAUGAUGCUGAAAUUAGGGUGCGGCAUGGGGGUCCAGUGACGCAGAGUACGUUGACGAGGCUUGCGAAUGCGGGGGGCAUGAAGUUGAGCUGGCAGGAUUAUAGGAUUGAAGUGUUGAGGAGUUUGGCGGAUAGUGGGUUUCCGGGGGUGGCGGAGUUGUUGAAGAAUGCUAUGACGGUACUUAAGAAGUCCAUUGAUGGGAGGUUGAGCAUUCAGGGGACGCCGAUACAGCUGUGA